UGUUAAGGCCACAUUAGGAACCUGUGUCAUACCCUGCCAGUCGUUGUGUUUACAGGAUCCCAACAAAUCUCUGAGCCGGGUAUCCCGGUAACUCGCUCGCUCGCUAUCUCGCCACUUGGUCAUGUGCCUGGGCCAGGUGCGGGCUGUGCUCUGAAGAUGGAACAGCAGGGUGGUAACUGCAACAUACACCGGAGCUGCACUACACAGUUAGACCAGCAGUAAAACCAGGAUCAUUUUCCAGCAAGUGCAGCUAAUAAUCACCAUCUCCGGAAAAGAAACUGAUCGCCUCCUUUCCGUUUUCAAGUCUCUCAAACACUGAAAAAAACAAGCUGUGCCUUCCGGCAAAAUACGGUGUUGCUGGUGUCUUCUGUGGGGCUGAUGGUGACUGCUUUCCAGCUUCCUCUCUCUUAAAAAAAGUAUCUUAAGGAACGACAGCCAGGAGCGUAGUAAACCCAGGGAGUGUAUUGCACGUUUUUACAUUUCUUACAGUUUGUGAAGCUUAUUUGCAAUAAAGCAUCGCGUGGAUUAUCAAAAGGAUCGGUUUUAAACUUCAGCUGCUUCUGUUCGGUGGAAUUCUUUUAAAAAGGAUCUUAUCAGGGUGGCUUUCACGACAAGAAUAAUGGGAAGAAAACUUGACCUUUCAGGCCUGACUGAAGCUGAAGCCGAGCAUGUGUUUCAAGUGGUUCAAAGAGAUUUUUCCCUUCGUAAAAAAGAGGAAGAUCGACUAACGGAUAUAAAGCAGAAACUCAACGAGGAAGGAAGCAGAUGUGCUGUCCUUUCGAAGCAGCAGAAAUUUAAUGAGCACUGCUGUAUUCGUUGCUACUCUCCCUUCUCCUUCCUCAUCAAUGCUAAGAGACAGUGCUUGGAUUGCAAGUACAACAUCUGCAAGGCAUGCAGCACCUACAUCAAGAAGGAAAAAGCCUCGCUCUGUAACGUCUGUCAGCAGGCCAGGCUUCUAAAAACUCAGUCCUUGGAAUGGUAUUACAGCAAUGUGAAAAGUCGGUUUAAACGCUUCGGCAGUGCCAAAGUCCUGAAAAAUUUAUAUAGAAAACAUCUGAUGGAAAAUGAUGGGAUUGUUGAUCUAAGAGAGGGAAGCAUUUGUGAAGAGAUCCUGGAAAAUGAUGGAAGCAUUUGUGGAAGUGAUUCUACUUUCUACAGAGAAACGGCAGGUCACACUAUGGCAGAUACUCUUGCAGUGGCUAUUCGUGUUGCACAGGAAGCAGUAGAGGAGGCCAUUUCUAAGGCCGAAAUGCACCGAGAUAGUUUGGAAAAACAGAAGGAGGCUUAUUACCUUCGAGAACAUAAGGAGGAAUUGACAGAAGAGCUUACCACUACAAUAAUGCAAAAGAUAAUACACAGACAGAAGAGCCUGAGUACACAGUCAGAGUCAGAAUGUGAAUGGACGCAAUCCAGAAGCAGUGGUUUAGUAUCACCAUCCAUCUCAGAUCACAGUAUGUUGGCCAUGGCAAAGAGUCGUAGGGAAUCCAGUGCAUUAUGGAGGUCUCGUUCUGCAUUUUCACUGAUUAGCGACAACAGCCCUAGUAAAGAUGUGGAUCUGAAUUCUUCAUUAUCUGACUUUCUUUUGAAGAAGCCUGAAAAACAUGCUCAGGGGAGACCAGGUCCAAAGUUAUCCUCACUACCAAGCUGGAAAAGUACAGAUCAUCUGAAUAGUUCAGGUUCAUCAUCGACUGUACACAGCCCUGAUGGGAACUGGAUGGCAAAGCAAUGCACAGCCUUAACUCAGCCACGACGAUUAAGCAAGCCAAAUAGCCAGCUUUUCAAAGCACUGGAGAAUGACUCCCAUGUUGCAUCUGCUUAUGAUACCAUGGGUUACGAUAGUGAUGAUGAUGUCGAUAUGAAUGUAGCCUUUAAUGAGUUGCAACAGCUGCCAAGAAAGCUGUCAGAUGAGUCCUAUUACACUGACUCUCAAUAUGACAGCGAAUGGAUAAAUGGCAAUGAACCCCAGCAAUCAGUGACCUCACCUUCAUCAGGACAGUGUACCAACACUGAGACAAUGUACUCUGGUUUUGAAACAUCCCCCACAAACUCAUUAAGAGAUGUCCACCAGACAGAUGAGCUACCGCUCCCAAAAAGAAAAGCACAGGGAAAACAGAACGAAUUACAUGCUGUCAGCAAUCUAGAUAUUAAUCUAAAUCCCCAGGCUGGCAGCACUGGUUCUCGAGAUAGCAGUGAACCAGAGGAUGCAUACUGUGAUCUAGAAAAUAAAUCUAGAAGAAAGAGAAAAAACAGACCACACUCAGAGGAAAUCUGUAAGGAAAGUUACUACAAGAAAAUUGAAAAGCGAUUCAGUACGCCGUCACAAGAAGAUUCAAGUAGAGAAGACGCACAACAUAAGUCAAAUCUCAGUGACAUUGAAGUGCAGCUAAAAUCCAGACUCCUUGAACUGGCUUCUAAAGUGAGUGACAGAGAGGUGUUAUCAGUAGAAGAUCAGGACCUUGUAACUAAACUUGAAAAGGAAGAAAGUUUGUCACAUGAGGAAAAUGUUAACAAUACACAAGAGGAGCUCAGAAAAGAAACUUGCAAGGUUUUAGAUCUUCAUUUAAAGCUACAGUUCUUAUCAUCAGUUUUGCAACAGAAGUAUUCUGCUGUUUCACUGUGCAACAUCUCAACAGAAGUUCUAAAAGUAAUCAAUGCCACAGAAGAGCUUAUAGAGGAAGCUACAGUGCCAUCUGAUUCGCCAUCAGAGACAUGUGACAGAAGGGCAUUUCCUUUGACUGCAGACCCCGUCAUCCUUGAUGAACAGCUGACCAAACUGGAGGAAAAUGUCUACAUGACAGCUGGAGCAGUCUAUGGACAAGAAGGGCAGCUGAGCAAGUUAGAAAACUCUGCACGAUGCAUAAACUGUGUGAGUACAGAAACAGAGCUUGCAGAACUGGAAGAUCAAGUAGCAACAUCAGCCGCACAAGUCCAGCAGACAGAGAUUCAGAUUUCAGACAUUGAAAAGAGGAUCGCAGCACUAACCCAAGCAGGACUAAACGUGGCUCCAUGUGCACGACUGGCAAAAAGGCAUGAUCAAAAGGAACUGAAUCAGGUACAAACUAUAGACACAUCAAGACAGCAAAGGAGAAAACUUCCUGCACCGCCUUCUCUAGGUGAGUCCCGCACAUCAGCAAAUAAUGAAAAUGAAGGUAGUGUGCACGGGCAACAGACUGAUAUAGCUGUAAAUGUAAGAACAUUUAACAAGACCUCCAAGCUUCAAGGAUCUUCAACACAAAAGACUUCAAAGGAAAGAAAAAACUAUGCCAAGGACAUUAUACUACAGCCGUCAGAGGACCAGAUAUUGCCAUCUUGACUGAAGGACUGGAGGAGCAGGACCUGAUCUCUUCCCAGUAGAAAAGAACCCCUUCAUUGGAUCCUCUCUAUUGUAUUAGAAUUGCAGAUCUACACUGCCACCAACCAAUGCACUGCCUAAGGGUGCACACGAGUGCCUUUAUUCAACAGCCAUUUAAUGUUCCAGAAUGAAGUGGACCCCUUGUAUAUUUACCGUGUCUCAAAUAGGGCUCUGCCAGGAUACCUCACUGAGUCUGCUAAGCCAAGUUUGAAAAGACUAGAUGAUGCAAAUUGCCUUAAAAUCUAAAUGACAGGCUUCAAGAAUUCAUAAGCAAUGUUCUCUAGGGAAGAAUGUUCUCCUUUUCUUUAUAUGCUGUUAUGUUUCUGGUGAAACAUUUGUACUGUACAUCCAAGUCAUUUUGAAUGUUUCUGCAUGCUGUUAAAAGAGAUUAACCAUGAAAAGCCAAAAUAUCAGAAGUGAUAUGUAUACAGAAGAAAUGUACACUUGCCCAUAGUCUGCAUUUAAAUCAUAAUGCAAUUAAAAUGCAUUUUUAUUAAUUUUUUUUUGUAUUACAGAAAUACAACAGAUUGUUAUGAAAGUGUAAUUCAAGUGAAAUCCAUCUCAAUAAGAAACUGGUUUCUUCUGUAACUAAUGCAGCUGGGCAGUGAUUAGCUUCAUGACAUUGCUUAUGAGUGCACACGGAACGAUUUUUAACAUGCACUUUAACAGGAUGCUUAUAGCCAUUUUGGCAUCCUAUUAUUAUUAGUUGAAACCUCAUAUUUGAAGUUGCCAUCUUCAAACUGUAUUGAUGUUUGUAUCUGUGUACCUUUGUUUCCUAGUAGAACUGAAAUAUGUACUUAUGGUACAGUUAUAAUGGACCAUGUUUUAUUUGAAGCACUU